GGUGUAAGAACCGAGCGAAAUUGCAAACGUGCCCUGAGCUCUGCGCGUGCAGCCGGUGAAAAAGAAAAUAAACGUCGCUGUAAAGAACGAGGAGAAGCGAUUUCGCGCGCGCUGGAUGGCGGGGGUCAUAGCAGAGAGCAGCCGCGCAGCUUGGCGCGCCUUCCGUAGUGCGCGCCAAGAGCAGUCGAGAGCGACGCGAAGCGACGACUCUGCCAAGUUUUCGCGCUAGUGUGCGAACGGGCUCUAGUCGUGCGGCUACGCCAGCAGUCCGGAGCUGAAAGAGAGAGAGAGAGAGAGAGAGAGAGAGAGAGAGAGAAAGAGAGUGUGGCGCGCAGCCCAGUGAGAUCCCAGCAGUCGAUCUUGCGCAUCAGCCAAGCGCCGCUGCGCCGAGGUUGCGAGAGCCGAGAAACGCCGGAGCACGACCGCGAGAGGCGCUGCGCCAGCAGUCCAGUUCGGAGCUACACACGCGCGUGCACGGGGCGCAGCCCACGGACAACGGCUCGGACCGCGGGGAAAAGUGCCGGAAAGCGACGCUGGUGGCGCUGCGGCGCCAGGCUGCGGCUCCCCGAGUCGGGCGUCGCGCUAUGGGACAUGGCCGAACGUGCAAAUGGCUGGUGCGUCGGCCAUGAUGGCUUUGCGCAGGGCCCGUGUGUCGCAAACACGCUUUCAACAAAGUGAAAAGUCGGAGCGGCGCAAGCAGUGAUCGUGUUGCCUUUGCGGGCGCAAUGGCGAGCGGGCAAGGAUGAGGCCCUAAGCCGAGUGACCUGGUGGCAGCCAGCACUGCCAGCAGCCAGCCAGAGCAGCGCGCGCGCCGCGGCGGCGGCGGUGGCGUUGAGCCCGCGGCGGCCCCUGGCUCUAGCAGCAGCAGCAGCGGCGGCGGCGGCGGCGGCGGCGUCAGCAUCAGCGGCGGCGACAGCAGCAGCAUUAGCAGACCGAACGCCGGAGUGUUUCGGGCCUAGUGGAAAGGCCCCCCCAGUACCCCCCGACUGCCCCCGCGCAGUCAGUUCUCGCCGAGACGGCCACUGUCAACACGCGACUCGCCCGCCAUGAGCAAGCUCUCGUUCAGGGCGCGCGCCCUCGACGCGGCCAAGCCCAUGCCCAUCUACAUGGCCGAGGAGCUUCCCGACCUUCCGGACUACUCGGCCAUCAACCGGGCCGUGCCGCAAAUGCCCAGCGGCAUGCAAAAGGAGGAGGAAAGCGAACACCAUCUUCAGAGGGCAAUAUGCUCAGGCUUGAUCAUUCCCACUCCGGAAGUGACAAGCUUGACAGAUGUCGAUUCCUACGAAAAGAUAUACCCUGCGGACUACAAGCUUCCACGACAACUCAUACACAUGCAACCCUUUGCAAUGGAGCAGGAUAUUCCAGACUACGACAUGGACUCGGAGGACGAAAAGUGGGUUGGCACACAAAGCCGCAAAAUGGAUUUGACUCCGUUGCAAUUUGAGGAAAUGAUGGAUAGGCUGGAAAAGAGUUCUGGCCAAACGGUUGUCACGUUAAAUGAAGCAAAAGCACUCCUAAAGGAAGACGAUGACUUGAUUAUUGCAGUAUUUGACUAUUGGUUGAACAAGCGCCUGAAAACUCAACAUCCACUUCUUUUAUCAGUGAAAACAGAACAUCGGCAUGGUUCUGCUGCCAAUAAUCCUUACUUGGCGUUCAGGCGAAGAACGGAAAAAAUGCAAACGCGAAAAAAUCGUAAAAAUGAUGAAACGAGUUACGAAAAAAUGCUCAAACUUCGCAGGGAUCUCAGCAGAGCCGUCACAUUGCUGGAGAUGGUCAAGAGAAGAGAAAAAACGAAACGAGAACACUUACAUCUUACUAUCGAAGUUUAUGAGAAGAGGUAUCAGGCGCAAGAUUUCAAUGGGCAGAUACUUGCAGAAGUAUCAGCACUCAAAACAACGCGGCCUGCAUUUGCACCACUCUUCACAAAUCAGUUUGGUGUUCAUCAGAAUUGGACAAACAAAGUUUGUGGAAAGGACGAUGUUAUCGGGCCCAGGAAGGAGAAAAGACAGUACAAGAAACGAAAGCACAAAACGGAUGUACGAAGCGGAGGAUUGGAGGACAGCGGUGUACGCAGUGGCUCUGGAAGCAGUGGAAGUCGAAGCAAUCGAAUGGCUCUCGGAAGCGGGCUGGACCCGCUGGCUAGCUCGGAUGAAGACAGUCCGCUUCCAUCUCACUCGCAACCCUCUCUUCCCUCGGACCGUGACGACGAAGAUACGGCUGAUGAGGGCCAAUUCGCUUUCCGGCGAAAUAGACACAAUAGUUAUUUACCUCCUGUAUCAGGUGGGUUUGGAAACUGGCCUUGGUGUGAUAAAGAUGAAGGAGGUUUGGCUGAUAAAAGAUAUAGGUUUGCUCUUACUAGUAUCAGCAAACCUACACCAAGAUGCAUUGGUCUUGCACGACGUCGAAUGGGCCGAGGCGGCAGAGUCAUACUCGAUCGUUAUUCAAACGAUAUGGAUGAUGUUUGGUCUUCCUUAGAUUUCACGAUACACGAACCAAAGCGUGACACAGCAGUCCAAGCAGAUGCAACAGCGUCUGCAGCAACGAUGACCGGAAUUAAACAAGAUUGGCUCCACUUUCGACCCAAGACACCGCCUCCAUCAGAACACAGUCCCAGUGAGGAAAGUAGUGACAGUGAUUCGGAAAUGGAAACAAUUGGCGCAAGGCCUGAGCCGCUUCCGUUUCCUUUCCCACCAGAGGCAACGUCUAUUUGUGUUGAUAUAGAACCAGAUCGCAUGGACGACGAGCCACCUUUUACGUCUGAAUUCAAUAUUUCGGAAUACUUCUCGGUUGACACUAUGUCAGACUUGGAUUUGGCGCUUGCAGCGAGUACUAGUGCAGAGCCAUCGGACAGUAGUGAUUGGCGGACAGACGAACUAGGAUGCUCGCGUUUCCUAGUUUUGCCAACGGGCGAAAAUUCGUUUGCGCCACGAAUUCGGCCGCAGUGCAGUGGUAGUGCUAAUAGUGUAAAUACUUCAAGUUGUUCUGCUGCUUUGUCAACAUUAUGUACAAGCAACCAAUCAACAGCUGCAAAUACAUUAGUGUCUACACAGUGCAUAAGUGUCAAUGAGGCUCAGUCAAAUUAUCAAACUAAACAGCAUAGACAAUUGCCAAAUAAUAGCAAUGCUGCCUCAAUACUGUCCAAGUCACUGACUAGUCCAACUAAUAACAGAAGCAGUGGUACUGGGGUGGUCAAAGUGUUUAGUACAACGGGAUCGACAACUAGCAGUAGUGGUGGCACAAUUACAAACUUUGGUAAUGGUCACCAAAACGGUCCUGCUGUCACUCACUUGCAUAACUCUAAAAGUUUAUCAAACAGCACUCACACUGUGAACAACCAAUCGACGAUACUUCUACCACAGAAGCAUCCGCCGUCCAAUUUGCUGCCAGACCUCAGCAAGCUUGCCAGUCUAGCUAGACAGCAGCAGCAAACUCAAAAUCAGACCCAACAAAUCCCGACGUCCGGGGAAAUUACGCUUAAUAGUAAUAGUGAAAGGUUGGACAUGGAAGUGGAUGGAGUGCAAAGCUCACCAUGUGAUGGUAAACCACAGCAACAGCAGUUGGUACGAGCUAGCAAAGCAAAUUCGUUGGCAAUGGAAGUGACAUGAUGCCUGCUAUCUGCACCCCUGUUGCUACCAUUACGUCACUGGGGGCUUCGCUAACCUUACCUUGCCAAUGCAUGCCUCAUUUUGGCACUGGCUACAGACUACUUGUUCCGACGCUAAUCGUGGUAUGAAUAGGCACAUUUAUAGCGACACGUUGUACAACCGUUUCAUGACAAACUAGAUCGAAGUAACGAUAUAGUGCGCUCGCAACGAGAAAUAUGAUAUGAUCCUUAAUAACUUGAACAGUAUUCGAAUUAACAAUCAAAUUCUACAAGUUAAUGCGCAAAAAUUAUUAACAGUUUGUUUAUCUUUCUAAGUAGCUACAAUAUGUGUUGGUGACGCACGUUACGUAGAAGAAUCACGUUACUUCUAUCUCAGUAAUUGUGAACUAUCACGUAAAAUUUGAAACACAAUGUUUUUAUGCAAUAUUUAAUGAUAAUUAAACUUUUAAUUUAUCACAGUAAUUGAAUAUCAAUGAUAAGCAAGAUGUUCAAGUAUAUAUUUCUUCCAGUUUAUUGUUGUUACAUAAAAAAAAACACAUGAAAAACAAUCCUUGUAUAUAUUAUUAACAUUGUGUUUGAAAAAUUUUGAAUUGUUCUCAAUUAGUCGACGGUUAACCUCAUUAUAGCGCCUGUGUUGGGACCUAAAAAGCACACAACGGGUAUAUCAACAUACUCCUGUCUUUCAUGCUAGUAGAUGCGAAGGAUUUAUACAAAAAUAACGCUUUACAAAAAUAGAGUAAUAUUUAUUGCAAAAAAAUUUAACAAAAGGAUGAAUUUUAGUUUAGAAACAAAAUGUUUGUUCCCUACUGUAAAGGAAAUUAAUUACAAAAAAACUAGGUCAUUUAAAAAGUUGAUUUAGCUUACAUUGCUUUACUUGUAUAUAUUUUAAAUUCGUUCAAUGUCUAGAUUUUUUUUGAUAAAAUGUUCUGGCUACAGGAGCUGAUUUAUCUUUUGUUAUCUAAUUAGAAUCCAUCCUUGUGGUCAAAUAAAAAGCAACAGUGACAUUAAUAAAUCUGAAUGUACACGAGUUAUUCGUAUUAAACGGUAUUAGCGUACCAUUGUCUAAUCUAAAGACAUACGUUCUUCUUCUACGUAACGAUUGUACGCUCCUGCUAACGAAAGCCUAUGUCAGCUCUGAAAAGUGUAAAUGUGAACAUGUGUGUAAAUGAAAAUGAAAAUUGGACGGGAGAAUGAAGUAGAAAAAAAGAAAUAAAAGACUUUGCAUUCCUAGUUUAAAUUAUGUCAGGGCUGGUGCGACGCUCUCUUUUUUAUUUGCUUCCAAUUUUUUUUUAAUCUGUUUCUUGUACAGCUUAUCACGUCUGUUAAAAGGACUUACGUAAUUCACAACAGAAAGAAGAUCGUUAAACAAUUUUCUUUUUAUUUCGUGAAUCUUGUGAGGAUCAGACGUUUCAUUAAUCGCAUGCAUUAACGCUUUGAUGCAACUGUAACAAAUAAACCAUAGUUAGAAUAGCAGGGAAGAGUUUGAUGUUUAAUGCUCUGCAGAACAAAUUGUACAAUUAUAUUGUCACGAUGUGUAGCAUUUUUUCUGUUAGUCAAACUUUUUUUACAUAAUGACAUAACAGAAUCAAAUACUUAGGUCCUUUUUUACGAUUAUUUAUUGCAGAGUAAAACAAAGGAUAGGCUUUGAAGAUAUGUCAUGAAUAAGUCCACUAUCACAUUUUCGAAUCUACAUUUACAUGGUUAUAAAUGAGCACUUCCGGUAUCUGUUGUAUUGAAAUUUUCAAGUUGAAAACAAUUAUUUAGAGAGAAAACUUGCAAAAGGUUGUUUGAAUUUGAUUUUAAUUUAACUAGCAAUGUCAUACAAAUCGAUUACGUAGUUAUUUCAGCUUUUUUUGUGUUUUGGCGACAUGAAUUUUUUAAAAGGAAGUGUCCGGUGCCAGCCACAUAAUUAAUGGUGUAAACAAAAAGGCGUUGCGAACGUUUUAAGCGUAGGGGAUCUUCGAUUAUACGGAAGGAAAGGAAAACAUGGAAAAAAACAGAUGAAUUGUAUAUAUAAAGAUAAUUACGCUUACUGUAUCUCUUACAUUUAGGUGAUUAAUUAAAUAAAUGUAAUUAAUGUUGUUGU